CAGCUCGCCCUAGCUCAGCUCCUCUCCCCGCGCAGGGCGGCCGCGCAACUUUGCGCGGGGCCCCGCCCUGCCACAGGCACGCGGGGAUGGGGGAGCGCAUCAGCCCUUGGGGGUGGCGGUGUCGCGGCGGCCGCGGGGCGCCCGGGGCUCGGGCUGAGAGCGGGAGCGGGGUUUCGGACGCGGAGCGGUGCAGGGCGCUUCCCAAGGGAGGCAUGGAAGGGCAAAAAUAACAGUCGUUCCCGUUUUGGGGUGGUUUGGUGCUGUUGCGAGACAGGAGUUGCUGUGCUCCCUGGAAAAAAACAUGUAGCCAGGCGUUUGAAGUUUUCUCUUCUGGCCAUAGCAUUUCCUUGGAGCUGGACAUACAAUCUUGUUAGUUGGCUUUGGCAUAAUUUCGGAAGUUGUGUUCUUGUUUUCCGAGAUAAUAUUGCAGUUCUUUUGGUGAUUUAGAGAAAUAGGCACACCAUUAAUAAGUAAAAAAGUCUCUUUUUUUUUGACUUCUGAAGUAAUUCAAUCUGUUGGAUUCUUCCAGGUUCUCAGGCUAGUUUUUGCUGUUGCACAUUAUGAACAAGAACAUGAGAAUCAGCAGCUUUUUAACCUUAGCUUGUAUAGUGAAUGCAACACUCCAGUGGUUUCAGAUUUUGUCUCAGAUGUUAUCUCUCUCUGUAUUGAUGUGAGGGCAUUAUUUCUCAGGUUGUGACAACACAGCUCAGUGCUUUCCUAAAGCUUUGGUGGUCGUGCAGUAACAGCCACUCAUAUUAACUAUUUACCUCUGUGUGGAUGCUUAAAAACCUUCUCUGACUUUUUUGCUGCAGUCUUGAUAUUUCUCCAGUAUUAUGAGGGCAGAAAGAUUGUACUUCUUACAAAUUUACACAAUGUGCUUCUUCCCUGUAUGUUUUCACCAUGGGGUUUGGGGCGGGGCGGCAUUUGUUUUUUAGGAUUUUUUGGUGGGGUUUUUAUGGCUGUUUUUUUUCCCUUCUUUUAACAUAGAGAAAAGUCAUUUAAGACUUUUAAAUCGUUCACAGCUAUAAAGGUUAAUUGCCCUGUUGCAAGGAUUAAACUGACUGGACUGUACAAGAACCAGCCAGUCAGAAAUAACUUAAUAGGUAUUAAUAUUGUGGGAUAUAAGCUCUUAUCCAUGAAUAAACCUUAAUAUAAGUAUCUCAUCUAAUUGAAGGAACAUUUCUGGAAAAAAGUUACCUUUAGAGGAUGAUGGUUGCCUGCCUAACUUUUGUGUUCUUGAAAAUUUCUCUUUAAAUAUAUACAGACAGAAAUAUCCAGCUUUUUACGGUCCUAAAUUAUGAUUUAGGGAAUUUGUAAUUUAAGCAACAGCUUUAAGUGAAAAAUGAUGUUAAGUAUAAGGCGUUAAACAUGUUAAAUUAGCACAGGUUUUCUGGUGCCUCUAACUCAGCUAAAUGCUAACUGCAACCAUUUGACUUUUACAGUAAGUAUUCGAAUAUGCCUUGGAUCCUGCCACAAAACUACAGUCUCUACUGCCUUGUGCAGCCUAGCCUCCUGCUUCAAGCAUUCCACUGAAACUAGAGACCUAGGCAAGCCCACACAGAGCUCAGGGGUAUGAGCUCCCACAGGUGUAGCUGAGCACACUCAGGAAUGUGCAUUGUGCAGGCCAGCAUUACAGAAUGGGGACCUCAUUUGCUUCACUGACAGAUGCAGGAGGUGAAAGUGAUCCAACGUUUGGAGCUAGAAAACCUCCAGCAGGUACCUGCAGAUUAACUAAAUCUGAGUUUUGAGAAGAGGUGCAAGACCACCUUGGCACUAUCAUGCAUUUAGUUUAGAAAUACACUUCAAAUAUGAGGUGAAUGUUUUGAAAAGAGGCUGUGUUAUUUAAUUCUGUUUUCCACAAUUGGAUUUUCAGGAAUUUCCAUUUCGCUGAAAGUUACAGCCAUGUUCUGCACCGGGAUUGACCAACUAACAUGAGGGAGGGUGAGCAAAUCUCUGAGAAUGGAAGCAGUCGUUAAAACAAAGCAGGAAGAUAAAUGCCAAUGAACGCAUAGAGCCCUGUGAAAUCAGUGGCAGGCUAAGAUGAGUUUGGGGACUAGAGAUUAAUAAUAUGGGAAUAAAACUUCUGUUUGAAUCAUUACAGCUGCUGGCACUUAGACUGACAGCAACUGGUUUCUUUUUGAGCAGGAGAAAAAGCUCAGAGAACAAGAAAUCUACCUGGCAUGUUUUGAAAUUAGGGGGGAAAGCCUGCUUUCUUCUCACACAUCCAAAAUGAAAAUAAAAUUCUCUUUGGGUAUUUUGCAAAGGGAGCUUAUGUCAGCACAGCAGUUAUCUGUUGAAACCAGCAGAUUAAACUGUUAUUCCUUCCCUCUCUGUCUUGCUGUCACUCUGAAACUAUAGGAAGAUGACUAUAGGAAGAUGGUGCAGAAGGGGUUUCUGUGCUCCACAGACUUUAUUGGUGCCCUGGGUGUCCAGCCAAGGUCUGAAGAGAUCAUGGUGUGACUUCUUCCAGUGCUCCUUCCUCAUAGAAAUGAGGACAUGUGCAGGACUGUAAAAUGGAUUUAGGAUUCAAAGACCGUAACAACAGCACACAUACCAAGAACACCUCUGCUGCAACAAAGAAUUUUUCUGCCUGGGAAGACUAUAAGAGUAGUGUUGAUGACAUGCAGUACUUCCUUAUUGGGCUGUACACACUUAUAAGUUUGGCUGGCUUUCUGGGAAAUCUGCUUAUACUAAUGGCCCUAUUAAAGGGCAAGCAGAAGACAGUAAUAAACAUUCUCAUUGGAAACUUGGCCUUUUCUGACAUCUUGGUUGUGCUGUUUUGUUCACCUUUCACGCUGACAUCCGUCCUGCUUGACCAAUGGAUGUUUGGCACUGUCAUGUGCCAUGUAAUGCCCUUCCUCCAGUGUGCCUCAGUCCUAGUUUCAACUUUGAUGUUAAUAUCUAUUGCUGCAGUCAGGUACCGUAUGAUAAAGUAUCCCCUCUCCAGCAAUCUCACAGCAAAACAAGGCUAUUUCUUAAUAGUGAUCAUUUGGGCCUUUGGCUUCACAAUUUGCUCCCCUCUGCCAGUUUUCCAUAAAACCGUGGACCUCAGCAAAACUCUGAAUUUAGAGGGGCUGGAGAACAGGCUGCUGUGCAUUGAGUCAUGGCCUUCUGAUUCCUACAGGAUUGCCUUCACGAUAGCCUUGCUGUUCAUGCAGUACAUCCUGCCGCUGGCGUGCCUGACCGCCAGUCACACCAGUGUCUGCAGGAGCAUAGGUGCUAGGCUGGCAAACAAGGAAAACAAGUUUGAAGAAAAGGAGAUGAUAAACCUAACUCUUCAUCCCUCUAAGAGCACUGGCACACAGGUUCAACCCUCCAGAUAUUCCAGGUGGAGCUGUGCCUUUGGCAGAAGGCACCACAGAAGAUACAGUAGAAAGACUUCAAGUGUGAUGCCAGCUAUUUCAAGGCAUCAUCAGGAUACUCAUUCCAGAGAUCUCCCAGAAACCUCUGACACAGAAAAAAGCCAACUUUUUUCCUCCAGUAAAUUCAUCCCUGGGAUCCCUAUCUGUUUUGAAAUGAAACCAGAAGAAAAUACAGAGAUCCAGAACAUGAUUACAGUAUCCCAGUCCAUCAUCAGAAUUAAGACAAGAUCGAGGAGGGUUUUUUGCAGACUGACAGUGCUAAUACUAGUUUUUGGCUUCAGCUGGAUGCCUCUUCACCUUUUCCACAUUGUCACAGAUUUUAAUGCUACUCUUAUUUCCAACAGGCACUUUAAAUUAGUAUAUUGCAUAUGCCAUUUGUUGGGUAUGAUGUCCUGCUGCUUGAAUCCCAUUCUCUAUGGGUUUCUUAACAACAGCAUAAAAGCUGAUUUAAUGUCCCUUAUUCCAUGCUGCCAAAUACCAUGAUUUUAUGUGCCCCAAGAUAAAGUAAAACAAACAAAUAUGGCUUUCAAGCCUAGUGGCGUGUGUAGCUGUAAAAGCUAAAUUAGUUUAGUUUAGUUUAUGUGACUUGUUUGUGAUUAGCAGCAUUUUUUUGUGGAUGGAAAGUUCUAUGGCUGCAUGUAUUUCUUGCAUUGGGCAGAAAUAUAUGCAUAUGUUAUAAUAUUCUUUUAUCUGUUACAUGUAGGAAAUCAUGCCCAGUGUACAAAACCAGAAUACCAUUUUCAUCACCCAAAUUGUUGGCAACCUGUACUUUGGAAUUAUACAGAAUAUAUAAUGAGUAAUAAAUGUGAGACAGACUACUUAGAUAUAUCAGUAUUAACUAUCAUAAAACUAUAAUAAAAUACAUAUCAUUUACUAAAUAAUUAUUGUUGAGAUUAUUUCAGUGCCAACUUUGACUGUUUUUGAAUAUAAUUAAAUCUCUCUUUCUGGAUGUUAUUAAGAAAAUAUUUUUCCUUAGCUCUUUGACUCAUAGUUUGCAAUGUCUUUACAAGAUGGUUUGCUGCUUAUUCCUAGAUUGCCUUAUUACUAGGUUCCCUGGAACAGGUUGGAGGGUCGUUGUUCUUGCCUUGAUUCUUUCCAUCUCACUGUAUUUAUCCAAUACAACCUAUCUCAAAUUUCCUCAGCCAAUUUUCACUCUGGUUUGUCAUUUUAUGUAAUUUUCAUCCAGCCUGAAUUUGUCUAUAGUUAUGUCUUUAUUCUCUUUAUGACACCCCUGAACAUACCAUACAUUUCUGACCAGAGUAAGCCUUCGUUAUCUAAGCAAAUGAUAGCAGAAAGAAAAAGAAAAUGGAAAGACAUCAGGAAUUUUUUUCUUCCUUUACCAAAAUGCAAAAGCUUACUGCACUUCAUUUUAACUCAUCCUCUUGCUUUGGAAAGGUAUAACAGCUUUCAAAUAAACAUCUGCAUGUGUGCCUUGACAGAUGCAGGGGGAGGAGCAGAGUGGAUUUAUUUUAAAUUCAACAAAGGCAAGUGUAGGGUCCUGCCCCUGGGGAGGAAUAACUUGUCCCUGCACUAGGACAGGCUGGGGUGACCUGCUGAAAGCAGCUCUGCAGAGAAGGGCCUGGGGGUCCUGGUGGACACCAAGCUGUCCACGAGCCAGCAGUGUCCUUGUGGCCAAGAGGCCAACAGCAUCCUGGAGUGCAUUAGGAAGAACAUUCCAGGUGGUCAAGGGAGGUGUUCCUGCCCCUCUGCUCAGCUCUGGUGAGGCCACAUCCAGAGUGCUGUGUCCAGUUCUGGGCACCUAAGGACAAAAGAGACAUGGAGUGUGUGGAAUGGAUCCAGUGGAGCACAACAAAAAUGAUGACCAGACUGGAGCAUCUCUCUUACGAGAACAGGCUGAGGUGGCUGGGCCUGUUCAGCUUCAAAAAAAGACAACUGAGAUAGGCUGGAUCAGAUGUGACACACUGUGGUCCCUUCCAACCUGACCCAUUCUGUCAUUCUAUGUGUGUAAACAUGUGUGCAAACACACAAAUACACACACACAUUUUCUGCAUCUCUUCUCUCUCCUUUUUAACCAGAACAGUACUUUUCCUUUCAAAUUUAAAUCACAGGUAUCUUCCCUAAGUCAUAUGAUAUUUCACAGCACAAAUGCUAAGUGUAUAUAUAUAUAUAUAUACAUAUACUUACCUGCCUCAGACUAAUUUAAUAAUCCAAUUCUGCCCUCAGGAUUCAGUAAAUAUACAAGUUUUGCUUUGAGUUUUAAGCUGUAACACCUCUCCCCAGUUAUAGCUGAUGAUUAUUUUCUUUUUUCCACUAAGAUUUUUUAUCCAAUAGACUUUUGUAUAUAGCUUCUACAAAAGUUAUCAUUUUUAUAAAUGAGUGGUUUGAAACAGUCAUUGUGCACUUUUUUCCCCUCAAGAAACAUCCUUUCCAGAUAGUCUUUCAAGUGAAAACAGUUCUUUUGUUUUGAAGAAUCAUCAACUUAUUUUUUAUCAUGGUGUUAUAAUUCUGAGAUGCUUCCUCCCCAAGCCAUUAUCUGCUAAGGAGUUUAUUAUAUGCCAGUGGGUAAUAGUUUCUCUCCUUAAAGAAUUUUUCUAAUAUCUAGUUCUCAGUAACCCAUUGUUCUUUGCUUUCAGUAGUGAUAUACUUUAAUAGUUUCUUCCUGGACAUUGACUAUUGCAUUUUGCAGAUUACUAUCUUCUAAAGUCCUAUAAUAUGUCACUUUAUAAUAGAGUACAAAUGGUCAGAAUAGAUACUGCUGGAACAAUAGAUAUUAAAAUAGCUUUUAAAAUAUUUUAAAUACUUUAAAAAUAUUUAUGACUAAUCUUAUUAUAUAAACUUAGGAAAAAGUUAACUAAAUCUAUAGUCAGAACACAAUUACAUAGUCCUACAGAAGUAACUGUAGCUUUUACCUUCUUUCUGUCCACAAAUUUUUGCAUCAUUGUAAUAUAUAAUCUUAUUUAUACCAUGUGAUAUAGCCAGAUAGUAUAAAAUGAUAAGAAAGCAGUCAUAUUGUUUCAGCUAGAAAUAUUCCUUCUGACUUAAUUUUUUUUCAAUUUACUGUUAUCUUCCUUCCUACUUGCUGAUUAUUUUCUAUUCCUUCCAUUCUUUCAGAAUUUCAAUUAUAUUUAACUCCUACAUUGCCAAUUGUUAUUUCUAUAUAAAUUAAAUGUUUUAGUAUUUUAGUAAUAUUCUUUCCAUAGCAAAUUCUACUCUGUAUGGCAAAGAAAAUCAUGCUAGGACUGUAACAAGGCCUUCCUCCAGUUUCUGAGUUGCACAAAGAUUAGUGUACACUGCAGAUUUUAUAUUUAUAUCUGUUUGCCUGGAUGAAGUCAAUAACUGUGCUCCCUACUCUUUACACUGAUCAAAGAACAACAAAUUGUAAUUUGGCAAUAGAGAAUUAAAUCAAUACAGCUAUUGAACUUCUUUAGUCCUGUGCCAUAUAAAUCUGUCAUCUUGUUUUAAAGCAAUAGUGGGAGAAUGUGUAUUUUCUUUAUUUAUAAAGCCAUCAUUAGCAUUCCAUUUGGAAAUUUCCAAAAUAUCCUCGUCUUUCCUCUGAAAUGUUAAAUAAAAAUAAAACAAUUUUUCUACCUUCCACUCUUCUUCAACAGCCAGUGUAGCUUGAUCCCAGUAGCAGCAAGGAAUACAUAUGAAUCAGACAGGAGCAGUAGCAAGUGAAAUCAGGUAUUAGGCAUUUCCCAAAGGGGUGACUUCUAUGAAAGGGAUAAGAAACAACUGAACCAUCCAUUAAACAUUUUCCCAGUCCUGAAUAUUAAAAAAAAAAUUAUAAACACAAGGAUAUUUUCAUUGUGCUCUUUUCCCUGCUUCUUUAUUAGGCCUUGUCUAAGCUGCAGUAAAUGCAGCUUCAUGCCCAACAAUGACUGGCAGUGUGGUGUUGUUUCCAAUAUGUGUUGAAAAAAAUGUUAUCUCGCCACAAUAUCCAAUGACAUUUUAUCAUUCUUACAUGUAGACAGAUAUAUGUGCAGGUACAGAUAUAGAUAAUGCACAUUUCCUAAAAAACAAAGCACAUUAAAAUGGUUUUUCAAGUAGCACAUAUAACCAAGUCCUUUUGUUAGCUAAAGUCUACCCCUUCUGUGACUAAAAAUCUAAAUAAAUGGAAAGAUAGGAGUUUUGUUUUGAUAGCAUCCACUAAAUGCAAUCAGGAAACAGCAGCUGCAGAGCCAUAUAUCCAUUGGAGUUCGAAGAAUGGAUUGUAAUGGUAGAGUAAUUCCUCUCUAUUAAUUAAAAAAAAAAAAAAAAAAAAAAAGGCUUUCAGACAGCUGGUCUUUGUGUAUGAUGAAUGUUAGAAUUCUUAGGAAGACUCACAUAACAUAAAUUGGUUUUUCUAGUUCUAUAAAAUAUUAUUUACAGAGUUGACUUUUUGAAAAUGCCAAAGAUUAAAAUUCACCUUUGCCCCUUCUCUUUCAGUGGAGAAGAAAGAGAUGCCCUGGCAUGUCCACGUCCCUCCUGAGCCAGCCAGGGUGGUGACCAUGGCUGAGAGGAGGUCUGCACGGGCUGACACUGCAGUGAAUUUAGUGAGGUUGGGGUCCCUGUGGUUCCCCGGAGUGCCGUGGCAACAGGGAGAGCUGUGCAUGACUGCCAUGGGUUCAGGGCAGCUGCUGCCUCAGCAGGCAGCACAGAAUCCUUGCAGGGGAACUCUGACCCCAGCAGGUCAGUGGGACAGGAAAACCACAUUACUGGCAGCUGGUUGUCCUGUUCUUGGAGCCUGGAAGCUCUCAUGACCACAUAUUUCCUUCUCUAAAAUAUAAACACCUGAAGAAAGGGGAAAAAACAACCCAUUGAUCUGCAGAUGUGUAAGAACCAAGAAGAGGAGUGUAGUCAGAAAGAAAAGUGUUCACUUCCAAUCAUGCUGAGAUAGGAUCCACUUCUGCUGUGCAAAAAUAUUAACAAAUUUUAAAAACCUUCUGUUAUCCAUAGGGGUCUGUCAGCUAUUAUUGCACUUUUGGGAAAAAAAAUAUCAAUAGAUUUUCACAGUAGUCCCAAUAUCUUUCUGCAGCAUGCAAGACAAACAGUAUUAAAAUCAUGGUCUCCAGAAAGAGAGCUUUCAGAAAUACUGUUGAGUCCAGGAAUUUACCAUUUUAUUUUGUUGAAAGCUAAAUUAUGUCUGUAUUACUUGCCUUUAAAAGUCCUUGCCAGAAAAUACAUUAUUACAAUCUGAAACUGUCUUAGGGCAGUGGCAGGACUCUUGUCCUAGACAGGUUGCUUCCUUUUUCCCCCACGUGACUGGAAUAAUGGUAUGAAAUCAUGAGCCUCAUUAUUUUAAAGACAAUUAAGUAAAUUUUUGAACUGUUUUUGAUCAUAUGUGGUUUCUUGUUCUUUUAUUUCAUAGGGGUUUUUUUUAAUAUACAGUUAAAUACAAACCUCUUAUAUUAUUUUUUUCCCAGAGCCUUUUACAUGCAAUAUGUAAUGAAGACUCCUGCAGUUGCUUUGUUUUGAUCCAAAAAUAUAUAAACCUUUUCCAAAGAUAUAUUGCUUGAAGGUUGCCCUUACACUGAGAGUAGGUAGAGCUGUUGUUAAUGUUCACAUUCAGUUGAAGUAACUUUUCACAGGAAGAGAAACAAAAGAAAGGGAACUAAAAGCAGAUCCACACUAACACUACUUACCCACAUUCUGCCAGAGACAAAGGAAUGCAUCAAAGCCAGACCUUUCUUAAGCACCUGCCACGACCAGUGAGUGUGUGACAGUACCACUGAGCAUUAGUAAUACCACAGGUGAUCAGAAGCUUAUGAUAAAUUUUUGAAUCUCAGGAAGUAACAGCUAAUAAGUGAGUAUGGGUUUAAAUGCCUUCCAAAUUACCCCUCUCAAAAUCUUCCUUUAACACAAAAGCAUUUUCUUCCCAACCAUUUUAUAAAGAUAGGUUUGCUGAGAUCACUCAGAGUACAUCAUGCUGUGCCAUUAAGACAAUCUGUGUCAUCAUACUAGAGCAUACACUUGUGCCAGUGAAUCUUUCCACAGCAUCUAUUUUUAAAUCUCUCAAGCCCAGGGAUACUAGAAAUAUGUGCUCUACCAGGUUACCAUGAUUUCCUGGCCCCCUUAUCAAACUUCAUCUCAGUUAAAAAAAAAAAAAAAAAAAAAGCCUGAUACAGCUUGUCCUUGGUAAAAAGUCUUAAAUCCCAAUUUCCUCAGAAGACUAUAACUGCAGGCAGGAAGAUGUGGUCACAGUGUGUUUUUAAGAGCCGAGCAAUGAAUUAAGGUCACAACUGGCACCAUUGUUAUGAAGCUAAUAGAGCUAUACAAGUCAGAAUUUUAUUAAUCUUGUUUCCUUUUGAAGAGAAAAUACUGUAAUAAUUUUUAAAGUUAUUAAAUUACUUCAUUACACGCUAAUCUUAAGAAAUAUCGUAAAACAAAAUAUUGCUACAAUCCAAAUUCAGUUCAUUUGAACAAGUAUGAAUGCUUCAUUUUACCCUUGUAGUCACAUUAAGGUGAUCCUUUUAAUAAUAAGGCUUAAAAGUAAUCCUCUGGGAAGUUAUUAGAAUAGUGAUUUGACAUUUGAGACUAAAGUAAGUUGGCCCUGCUCUUACAUCCAGUUCAUCAAAUACUUCCUUUGUCUCAGCAGGAGAAGGGUCAUUUCUGUAUCACGUGGAGAUUAAUGGGACAUUUUUCAAGCACUAAACAUUUAUUAAUGUCCCUGGGAACAAAAUUAUUUUAAAGACACUUUGGUGCAAAAUUUCUCGAGAGGAGUAACUUUGUGAUACUCAAGCAGUUGUUCAUCUCUUCAGACUCAGUUGGAACCACAAAGAUGCAAAACCCAUUUUAUGACAGACCCCAAGACUGUUAACAAUAAGUUUAACUAUAAAUCUAUUUGGGUUUGGGUUUGGGGUUUUUUUUUUGUUGAGAGAAAAACAGAUAAACUAGGAGACAAAUAAAACCAUCCCUACUACAAGUAAUUUUAGGGCCUCUUUCUACCAGAUUUUCAUCUGAUUUUCAUCCAGAUUUUCUUAUGUUGAACAAGGUGGUAAUCAUACUCUGUUUUAACUCCUAGUAAUUUCCUUGGAUGUAUGACGCUUUCCACCAAAUUUGGAUUCACUUAGCAUUCAUAAGGAUUUUGACCUCUUGGCCAAAGCAUUAAGACGCUGCACAAGAGGUCAGAAUAUAAGCUAAUUUUUAUUUUCUGCUGGUUUUGUGUUGGUUUUUGUUUCUUUUUUCUUUUCUUUUCUUUUCUUGUUUGGGAUGUUAGCACAACUGGGAAAAGUGCAAGUUGUUUACUGCAGGAAAAUUAAACUUAUUUUUAUGUAACUACUGGGACCAAAACCAGGCAAAACAAUUAUGUAUUUCUUAAGACUCCAUCAGUUCCAAGGCACAGCUCAUAAAGGUAAUUGUCUGAAGCCUCGAUGAUACAUUCUUUCAAUUAAUAUCCUGGAGUAUGAGAACACAUUUCAGAUAGCACAGCCUCAUCUGAUCCUCACUGCACAUCACAACGGGUGAAACAUCAUUCCUUCUGCAGAACUAAAUUGCAAUAUGCUCUACUUGAGAUUGCUCCUUAAGACCAUUCAGGGACUGAAGCUUAUUCAGGGCACAGCUUGUAUCUUACUGUUUUUGUGGGAUUCAGUUCCUCAGAAAAGCUGCUGCAAGGCCCUUUAUGUCAGAAAAAUUAGUUAGUUCCCAGGAGCUCUCAGGAGCAUGUAACACCAAUCUCCCCCUCACACAUCAUCACACCUGCAGUCAGCAGGGGCCCUCAAAUGUUGUUCCUUUCAUAGAAGAGAUGGAUGAAAAAAGCAGUGAAUGAGACUGAAAACUCUGUGGUACUUGUUUUUCCUCUUGAUCUGAAAUAGUCUAAAAUUGGAGACCUUCCAGAAAGUUGUGGAAGACACCUGUGUGAGACUCCUAGAGAGGGAACAAGGAAUCACUUCACAGAGAUAAAGUGGAAUGAAGAAAUCUGUCUGUGCAGGACUAGAUAAUUACUUCAACACAUCCAGGAUCCUAGAGUCUUGCUAAUUGCAUGGGAAAAUAAUAAUAAUAAUAAAGUAGUUAUUUGCAUAUGCAGAUUUGAUUAUUUUAAGAUAAACUUAUUGUAAGUCCUUGGAGUCUUAUAUAUCAUACAUAUAUACCUGACAUGUGCUCUAACCAAAGCAACUUCACCUUGUAACACAGCUCCAGAACCAAACUACCCUGUGCUUUUAAGCUAUUCACUCAUUUUUUAUUGUACCAUGUAGAGGUUUAAUUCCAGCCAGCAGCCAAGUACCACACGGCUGCUGCUCAUUCCCAUACCAGUGGAACUGGGGAGAAAAUCUGAAGGGUAGAAGGUAGAAAACUCACAGGCAGAGAUGAAGACCGUUAAAUAGGGAAAACACAAGCCACACACACAAGCAAAGCAAAACAAGGAAUGAAUUCACUGCUUCCCAUGGCAGGCAGGUGUUCAGCCAUCCCCAGGAGAGCAGGGCCCCACCAUGUGUGUCAGUGAUUUGGGAAGACAAGCACCAUCACUCAAAAUAUUUCCUGCUUCCUCCUUCCCCCUCACUUUACACACUGAGCAUGAUGCCAUUUGGUGUGGAAUAUCUCUUUGGUCAGUUGGGGUCACCUGUCCUGGCUGUGUCUCCUCCCAACCUCCCAUACACCCCCAGUGUGGCUGUACAAAAAGCAGAAAUAGCCUUGGCUCUGUGCAACCCCUGCUCAGUAAGAACAAGAACAUCUCUAUGUCAUCAACUCUGAUCAGCACAAAUCCAAAACACAGCCCCAUACCAGCCACUGGGAAAAAAAUUGACUCUACCCCAGCCAAAUCCAGCACAUUCCAUUACAUGGCACAACAAUCAGGUCUCAUCCUGAUUAAAGAUUCUGUUGAAUUACUACCAUGAAAAUUAUCCAA